AUCCACCAAACGUUGGCGGGUUUUGAAACGAGUGGGCGGAGCGCAAAGCUCGGUGGCUUAGCUUCCGGGUUUGGUAGCGGUUGCCAGGGGAGGCCUGGCCCGCUGCAUAGCAACGGAAAGCGGAGGGACGCUGUUGUGACACACAAAUAUGAAACCGGCUGGUGGCUUCGGCAGCUCAGUCUGAGGUAUGUAAGCUGGCCUGCCACUACUUACCCUGCAGUAUCUACCUUCAAAAUAUAGUUUACACUGCAUUGUGCAAUAUAACAGACUUAAGUGUAAAGUAACCACUUGGAGCUGACGAGGAAUCGCCAUGGCAGAUCCUGGCGAAAGCAAGAAAGAUGAGGCGGACUACAAGAGGAUGCACAGCUUUCCUUUAAUUCGGCACACAGAUAUGCCAGAAGAAAUGCGUGUAGAAACAAUGGAGCUAUGCGUUACAGCCUGUGAAAAAUUUGCAAGUAAUAAUGAGAGUGCAGCAAAGAUGAUAAAAGAGACAAUGGACAAGAAGUUUGGCUCUUCCUGGCACGUGGUUAUCGGAGAGGGGUUUGGAUUUGAGAUAACACAUGAAGUCAAGAACCUCCUUUACAUGUUCUUUGGAGGCAGCUUGGCAAUCUGUGUGUGGAAAUGUUCAUGAUGGACCCUUAUAUAGGACAACAAUUUCAAUGCCUCAGUUUCUCUCCUUCUACUCAGGAUGUGCUGCUGCAAGGCCUUGCUCAGGAAAGAGUCAUUGGCUGGGCUCUACAUGAAAAAAUCUUACUGUCUUUUUGGGCUUUAUGAGGGGACCACAUUAAAUACUUUUUGGGAAAGAGUAGCAAGCAACAGGUCACUCUGGCAAUGACCUUACUACUCCUACUAUAAAAGUUAAAGUUGUUGGUCUUUGAGUAAUAUAUAAGCCUUUGCAAUAUAUUGUUAGCUAAAGUUUGCAAGCAAUCAAACAUGCCAAACUGGCCAAAAUCCAGCCGUUAAUUCCCUUUUCCUAUCCUUCACCCUCAGAGGCUUUUUUAGUCCUGUAUAAAUUUAUGCACAGGGUUUUACCGUCCUAUUGGCACUGCAACUCUGGUCUCCCAAAUAGCAUUUAUUUCAUAUAAACUAGUUUGCUAUCUCUGGUUUCAUUUUUCCUGUCAUUUCCUUGGCACUGAGUUCCCCAGUUCCGUUAUAAUAGUUCUUUUUGUUUAGAAGUUAAGAACUCCUUUUACACUCAUCCGUGUCACUUUUUUAUAGUAUAUUUAAAUAUUUAAACCAUUUCUUUUGUUUUAUUCUGUACUAAAUUUUCUAAUUUGCUCCUUCUUACCCAGUCUGAUUGUUCUCUUCCUUUUGAUAAACCGUUUUCUAUUGCUCACUUUCUGCUCAUCAUUCUGACGUAGUUCUACAUCAUAGUUUUUCCACAAGCCAUAAAUAAUAGAUCAGGAGUUUUAGGAAACCACAGAGAAGCCUGCCAACAACCAGCCCUUAAUUUUUCUUGUUCAGUGGUGGAAACGUGAAGCCAUGUUUCUUGGAAGGUUUUUAUACUCUGUUGGAACAUUAAGGAAGCUGUUUUUUAUGUUAACUCUGGUUAUAAAAUGGUUUGCUCUAAUUGUCAUUAAUAAAAUUCCUUGGAUUUUUAAAAAAAAAAAA